AUGUCUACCAAUGAGAAUUGCACCGUUCAAAACUGCUACCAAUGUCUAACGAAUAGGUUUUGGAAAAUGCAUGAUGUAUUUCUCAACACAAGUGUUCGUCUCAUCAACUGCGAAAAUGAGAAGCGACAACUCGAGGCUCGCCUGAACGAAGCAAAUGCGGCUAUCGGGAAUUACAAGAAAAAUAAAGAAGAGCUGGAGAGCAAGCUAGUGGCUAGUCAAGAGGAGAGCGCCUUGAAGAUUCUGGAGCUCCAGGAGCAACAGGAACUGAAAAUGCGGACAUUGGAACUCGAGUUAUCGGCUGUCCAGAAGAAAAGUUCCGAGAAGAUUCAGGAGCUCCAGGAGCAACAUGGCAAGAAGCUAAGCGGGAAGGAUCAAGAGAUUCAACAACUGGAGAUCAAGUUAGCAGUUGCCAAGAAAGAAAUCUCUGAAGAAGAACUCCAGGAGCAACUUGAGGAAGUGUCUGUGAAAGAUACAGAAAUGAGAGAUCACGUUGAGACACCACAAAGCAAAGAGCCCACUCUACAUGACAUUGAUCUCGGUAAGCUCUAUAUGGAGGAAGCGAAGAAGCUACAGGAGGCUCUCAUGGCUCAGUUGGCUGCUAAGGACAAGGAAAUCGGGUAUCUCACGGAGCAGCACAAAGGGAAGCUAGUCGCUAAGGACCAAGAGAUUACUAACAUCCGUGAGCAACACAUAUCAAAAAUAGUUGCUCGGGAUUCAGAAAUCCAAAGAUUGACGGAGAAGGUGAAGAAUGUAGAUGAGAGAAAUGAGAACCAGCGGAAGAGCAUCUGCCAUUUUCAACAGACGAUAAUUGCAAAUGAUCAGGAGAUUAAAGCGUUGAAGGAGAGGGUUACCGAAUUGGAGAAGGACCUUGAAUAUUAUCGUGAUGAUGAGAUGGAUAAGAAUGUGAUGACGAAGGAUCCGGAGUUUGAAGCGUUCAUGGCGGAUUGGAAGGCGGAGCUUGAAAACGGAAAGAAAAUUGACAACCGUCGUGACGGACAAACGGAAUAA